GAAGAUGGUCGGCCAAUGUUUAAAAGUGGAUUUAAAAUCGCCGGUGGGAUUGAUCAGGAUAAUACAAAAAGUCCACAAGGUUACCCUGAUAAGGGAAUAUAUGUAACACAUGUGUACGAGGACAGCCCGGCUUAUGUUGCUGGUCUGAAAGAGCAUGAUAAAAUUCUGCAAGUGAAUGGACAUGAUAUGACCAUGGUGACUCACAAGAAAGCUGUUGAUUACAUCACUAGAAGGCCUGUCCUUGAAAUGUUUGUU